ACACGCCAGAUGGAGACAACCGGAGCGGAGGGAAUUAACACACAGCAUCAUAGUUCUUUAUAAGAAAUACGCAGGAGGAAGGAUUUGGACACAACAUCUGAUUGAAACGUUUAAUGGAUUCCGGUUGUUUUAACGCGGCGCAGCGUAUUUCGUGCCACAACAUGAACGCGGAUUUAUUCAAGCCUGUCCCGGAGCGCGGACACCACCAGUCCUCCGCCUCGACGAAGAACAGCAGGAAUAAACCCGAACACGGCAAACCCGAGCUGGCUCAGGUGGUGACGGACCCCAAGACGGGAAGGUCCUACAGUAAAGGGAAGCUUCUGGGCAAGGGUGGCUUUGCACGAUGCUAUGAGAUGACAGACCUGUCCAACAACAAAAUGUAUGCUGUGAAGGUGAUUCCACAGAGCAGGGUCUCCAAACCACACCAGAGGGAAAAGAUUACGAAUGAGAUCGACCUGCACAGGUCCCUGUCACACAAGCACGUAGUGAAAUUCUCCCAUUAUUUUGAGGACCAUGAAAACAUCUACAUAUUCCUGGAGCUCUGCAGUCGGAAGUCCCUGGCACACAUUUGGAAAGAGAGACGUACUCUGACGGAGCCAGAGGUGAGAUAUUACCUCAGACAGAUUAUAUCCGGCCUGAAGUACCUCCACAGCCGGGGGAUCCUGCACAGAGACCUCAAGCUAGGUAACUUCUUCAUCAAUGAGAACAUGGAGUUGCGGCUUGGCGAUUUUGGCCUCGCUGCCAAGUUGGAGACGGUUGAACAGAGGAAAAAAACCAUCUGUGGAACUCCUAACUACUUGGCCCCUGAGGUGCUAAACAGGCAGGGCCACGGCACGGAGUCGGACGUUUGGUCGCUCGGCUGCGUCAUGUACACACUGAUGUGCGGCAACCCUCCCUUUGAAACGCUCGACUUGAAAGAGACGUACAAGUGCAUAAAGGAAGUCCGAUACACUCUCCCCUCCACAAUCUCCCCCGCUGCACAGAAACUCAUCUCUAGCAUCUUGCAGAAAAACCCCAGCGACAGACUAACUCUGGAUCAAAUUCUCAACCAUGAAUUCUUCUCCAAAGGUUUCACCCCUGACAAACUCCCUCCCAGCAGCUGUGUAAUGGUACCAGAGCUCCGUCCGCCAAGCCCUGCCAAGAAAUUCUUCACUAAAAUGGCAAAGAGCUUCUUUGGCAAGAAAAAGGCAAAAGCAGAGAAGAUUCCAUGUGAGGAAAAAGACGACAAAGACAUUUCCAAGCUGGUGUCGGGCAUCGUUAAGUGUUCCAUCAACAGGCAGAUAAGCUACAAAACAGUGGGAGCCAAUGAGGGACCUUCUCCUACUGAUCAGCUGGUCAGUCCCGUGCCUCUAGAACAAACUCCUGCUGAGGAGGAAUCCAGGAAGUCAAUCUCCCGCUCCUUCAAGGGAACCAUGGCCAGCAGCACUGAACCCUGUGAGGAUGUCCUGACUCCUGCUGCUGUGGCUGAAGCUGCCAUGAAGGAGCUGAAAAACUGCCUGGCCACCAUGCCUGCAGCUACUAGAAACCCGCCCUGCUUGUCCAGGUCUCAGUCCUUCCUUUGGGUCACAAAAUGGGUCGACUACUCCAACAAGUACGGUUUUGGAUACCAGCUCUCCAACCAAAGCAUCGGUGUGCUCUUCAAUGAGGGAACGCAUCUUAGCCUCUGUGAUCAACGCAAGACUGUUCACUACUGUUUGACCAACAACAAACACUUCACAUUCCCAACCCAUUCGCUACCUGAGCAGCUUCGCAGCCAGAAGCAGAUUGUUGAACUCAUGGCCAACUACAUGGAGCAGAACCUGAUGGAGGGUGGGGAUCUUCCUUGUGAGGAGCAAAGCUCUGGACCCCCUCCUCUGCUGCUUCAGUGGGUCAAGACUGACCACGCUCUUGUCAUGCUCUUCAACAACGGCACCCUGCAGGUGAACUUCUACACCGACCACACAAAGAUCAUCCUGUGCAAGUCGUCCGACGACGCCUACCUGCUCACCUACAUAAGCCGGGAGCGCGUCUCGUACACGUACCUCCUCAGCAUGCUAAAUGAGAUGGGCUGCACCGCUGAGCUACGUCACCGACUUAGAUAUGUGGUCCAGCUGCUCCAACACCACACUGAUGCCUGAGAACAGAGCUCUCUGUCUUACAGGCUGAGUGGCAGAUACUUCAGAAGCAGCCAGACCAGUUUUCUCACUUUGUUUUUGUUUUCCUUACUAGGCCUUUGCUAGUUUUUGUUGACUUUUUUCAAGGCAGUGCAGAGGGCAGGUGAAGCCUGUUUUAACUGAUGAAAACCUGCUCAAUUCGACGGAGUGACAAUCUUUCCUGGACUUCUGUUGCCAGGGCGAUUGAUUUGAAUGACCUUGAUGACAUUGAGCGAUGGUGAAGUUACCCAAAGAAGCGUCUGCCCGAAGGGUUUGUGCCUACCAGUUUUUGCCUCAAAAGGUAUCCACUUGGAAGGUUUUGAUACCUGAAAGAAGAGAUUAGUACCUUGUCUGAAACGAUGGGAAGCGGACAUGAAGACCCACUUAACUCUCCUUUACUCACUCAGAACCAUUGCUUCUUGCUGGAUCUUUGUGCACCAAUGACCCUGCAGCCUUUCGGCUGAUCGACUGUGCAGGCACGGUUUCUCAAAGGUUCCUAAACACUAAAACAAAACUGUUCAAAUUGCUUGCAAAUGAAAAGGGUUGAUCUUGUGGUUGAAAUGCAGUGAGGCUCUGUUUUUUUUGUUUUUUUUCCAAAAAAAGCAUUUCAGCAGCAAGUUCUCCCUCCCUGUAGAUUGCAACUGUGAUCUUUCUUUUUGUAAAACUGAGUUGCUUUUGGAUUUAAGAAUAGUUUGACUUGAGAGAGAGAACCUCCUUCCCUCAGUCGACUUCUGGCCUUUAUGGAAUGUGGCGCACAUUCUUUUUUUUUUUUUUUUUUUUUUUUUUUCUUUCAUUCUGAAAAUGAGCCAACAAAAGGAUCACUUAAGAUCUGAACCUCACACGCACAAUAUUUUCAGGCUCAUUAAAUGAAGGUGAAACUAAGUCAUUGCUUCUUUUGCUGCAAUGUCUUUUUUUUUUUUUUUUUUGCAUUUCAAUGCAAAUUUCACUGAUGCGGUACACAAGAUGCUACAGGGACAAACACUGUUUUGCACUUUUAUUUGCUUUAUUUUCUUCGACUACAUUUUUUUAACUCACAUGUUAAAUUUUAUUAGUUUUUAACAAAAAUAUUAAAGGUUUCGGAUUUUAAACAAAAAAUUCAGUUUUAAAUUCACUUGCAGUAGGUGAAUGUGUGUCCUCUACACAAGUGCCAGGAAACGAGGCUGCGUUCUUUACGAACCUGAGGGUGUGGAGGUUUGGAUAAAAGUGCCUUUCUGAGGGAUGUCUGUAUAGUGCAAUAACAACCCUUUGAUGAAUGUCAAGCUGGCUUCAUGCAAGAUUUCAGAUGGGUUUUUAAAGGUGGAGUUUACUUUUGCACUUUGAGCCAAGUAGCAAAAGUAAACCCAAUAGCACUACACUCUCACUACCUGGUAUAAGCUUUUAGAACAACUGUUAGAAGUAUAUAGCCCAAUAAUAUCCACUAUGGAAAAAAGAAAACAUUGUAUUCUGUUGUACUGUACUGUAAUCCUUCUGGUUUACAUUGCUUUCUUGAUCCAGAGUUGUAUCCUUAAAACUGUGACCUGGAAUGCAAGUAUUGCCUACAUGUGUUCCCCAAAAACACCCAGUGUUGUGAAAGCCAUCUGCCAAUUCAGAAGAGUCUUUAUUUUUUGGCACAUAAUGUCUUUAUUUAUUUUUUUUUAUUUAUACAUGUUCUUUUUUUAUUUAUUGUGUAAAUGUUGCGGUAUUGACACUAGGAAAUGUUCAAUUCCGAUCACCUUUUUUGUAUGUCAUGUUUUGGGGAAAAUGGGACAAAAAUAAAGUUUAUUGAAAAUUGA